GAAUCUCAAAGAGAGGGAGGAAAGGGAAAAGGAAAAGGUCAACAGGAUGAGGAGUGAUCAUUGUGAUGAACAUCAAAUGGAAGAAUCCGAUUUCAAAAAUGUGAACACGAUGGAGCGUAUUGCUCAAAAUAACAGUUUGUGUUAUGAGGGUGUGGACAUGGAUGAGCACAACAGUGCCCCUGAGAAGAGGUGGGCAGGGGAGGGGAACAACCGCACGGUGGAGGAAGUAAAGUCGGUCCAAUCGGUCAAACCGGUCAAACCGGUCAAACCGGUCCAAUCGCUAGAAUCGCUCCAAUCGCUCCAAUCGCUCGAGCUCAGGCAAAGCAGUCAAGCUGGCGAUGCUGGCCUGCCCCCGCACACGCAACCUUGCAACAACCCGUUCACCGCCCUCCUCGCCACGGGGCGCGAGUGCUCAGAUAAUCUCACCAUUAGUGCGGAGGAGUACGCCAGGAACACACUCAAAUGCUUCUUCGAAACGAACAAGCAUCAAAAGGUACACAGGAAAUACAUCACGGUGUACAUCAAAAGAUGCAACGAGGAAGAAGGAAAAACGUACAGAAGUAUUAACGAGGUGUAUAUUUACGAGGCAGUCAAAAAUAAUAUCUGCACGUACAUAAAUAUAGACAAUAAAAUUAUAAAGAAGCUAAAGAGUACGGCUCUGUUGAUUACGAGUGGGACUGGGUCGACUGCUUGGGCAUACAAUGUUAACAAAAUUGACAAAAAAAAAAUGAAAAAUAUUAUCGACGAAUUUGUACGUAUACAAAAUGAUGUUGUGAAGGAGAAUAUCCAGCCGAUCAACUAUGACGUUUUUUCUGAGUACAUAAAUAAUUCCAUUUGCUUCCAUCCCAGUAGCAAACAUAUGAAGUGUAUUGUGAAAGAGCCCGUGGAAAAUAGCGUGUACGACUCUACGGACCAUGUGUACAACUGCCAGUACGUGAAUAUACGGACCUGCACGAGCAACACCAUCGUGUACAUUGAUGGUAUAUACAACAUUAAGAUUCAGCCCAACGACUCGGUCAUUCUGCACAUAAAGGAGGGCGACUUUAUCGUCAGUUACAAGUAG